CUCCAAAAGGUCGUGGAAAUAAAUUUGAAUAAACAAAACAGGUUUGCUGAAAAUAAAACCAGGACGCCGCAGCCGCUCCAGUCAGCCUACUUCCACAAGGCCCCACCCGUCAGCCAGCGCGGCACUGUAGCUGGGUGAGCAGCAUCAGACAUGAACCAGGUGAUCGUGUUCUUGGUCAUGGCCAUGGGAACCCACAGCCUCAAUUUUCGCAUCCGGAAGGACUGCGCCCACUGGCCCAGCUGCUGCACCGGCAAAAGGCAGGACCCCACUCACGAGUGGCUGAAGGGGAACACUGUGCUCAAGUUCCCCCGAGAGGCCACGGGCUUCACCCACCACCCAGAAUCCUGCAGGGCCAGUGAAGAUGGACCUCUCAACAGCAGGUCUAUCUCUCCCUGGAGAUAUGAGUUGGACCGGGACUUGAACCGGCUCCCCCAGGACCUGUACCACGCCCGCUGCCUGUGUCGACACUGUGUCAGCCUCCAGACGGGCUCCCACAUGGACCCCCUGGGCAACUCAGAGUUGCUCUACCACAACCAGACCGUCUUCUACCGGAGGCCGUGUCCCGGCGAGCAAGGCACCCAGGAUGGCUACUGCCUGGAGCAGCGGCUCUAUCAGGUCUCCUUGGCUUGUGUGUGUGUGCGGCCUCGAGUGACGUCCUAGUCGUGCUGCCCUAGUCGUGCUGCCCCUGCCCGGUUCCCGGUCGGACCACCUGCCACAGCGAGCCAGGAUGCCUGAGUGCUCAGCACUUCCAAAGAACUACCUGGAGCAGCAAGACUGUGGGACAGGAUCGGGGACUUUCAGGGGAACCGCACGUUUCACUUUUUAGAGUGGAUGGGAAAGGUGGGGCGAAGCAGCAGAGAAGCUUAUGGCCACGGGAAGAGGACCUCCUGGCACUUCCUCUUGGGAAAAGUCUUUAAGGCUCCAGAGACCACCUGUCUCUUCCUCUUCUCCCAUCCCCAGCUGCCCUGGCACGGCACAAGCACUUUCUUGCUCCUUUCCCCUUUGCCAAUGGAGAACCCAUCAUUUCAUGUGUUCGUCCAUCUGUCCAUCUGUCCAUCCAUCCAUCCACCUGUCCAUCACUCAGUGACAUCUACUUUGCACAUACCUUGGUGCAGUUACUAGGCUCUGAGGAAGAGGCUGUUAUUGAGCAUGGAGAGACUUACCUAAAUAAAUAAUCUGUA